GUUAUUCCUACCGAAAAUGGAAAUGGAAACUGAUAUGACAGAACAAAAGAGAGGGAGAUUAAGAAGAAUGAAAUUCAGCAGUUUUAGUGAAGACGAAUAUACACAUAGCGUACUUGAUAAGCCGAAGAAAAGACUGAAGGAAUGUUAUGAAGAUUUUUACUACGAAGGCGAAGAGAAUCUGAAGAAAACAAUUGGCAAAAGGUUUCGAAAAACAACAUUUGACGCCUGCUCUGAUGAAGAAGAAGAUUUAGAGGAAGAUUCAGGCCGCAGGCUCAGUGCAAUAUCUAAUAUAUCCAGAAGCUUUAUACAAGAGCGGAAUUUUGAAAUUAUUGAGAGAGUCUUUCCAUCAAAGAAAAGAAGAAAUAAUGCUUCUUUCGGUUCUCAAGAUGGCAAAAAAUCGGGAUUUUUAGGGAUUGUUAAGGACAAAAUUUUCCAAAAGAUAAAUAAGUUAAGAAGGGGUACUUCAGAGAGUUCUCAUUCAUCAGAAAAUAACUAUGUUAAGCAAAUGCGAGCGAUUCUUAGGAGAUCUCAGAAGUAUGGAUCUAUGACUGAGAAAGAAAAAGAGCAAAUGGCAAAACUAAUUUUUCAAAACUGAGGAUUUCCCAAAGCUUAUCGCACGAAGCUUUGGACGCUUGCAAGUGGUGGAGAAAGACAAAGAAGAAAUAAUAUUGGCUAUUACACUCUCAAACCAUAUAUCGAGGACGAACAGAAGUCUAGUGACGAGAACCCUGAAUUUAAGGAGAGGCGAGAUAGCAUAAGCGAUGAAGAUAUCUGAAGACCUUUGUUGGAUUCAUAUCCAGACAUGCCAAAUUUAUACCAGGAUCAAAUAGUUUUAGACAUUAACAGGACAUUUGGGGAUAAUGAAAUGAUUAAUCGUGAAGAAUUUCUCAAAAAGUUACUUAGAAUUCUUGUAUCGUAUUCUAAAAGGAACUCAACUGUGGGUUACUGCCAAGGAAUGAACUUUCUCGCAGGGAUGAUCGUAAGGGUAGUUCAUAAUGAAGAACAAGCCUUCUGGAUAAUGUGAAGUCUUCUCGAGAAUAUCCUUCCACUUGACUAUUUUUCCCUAAUGACUGAGGUUCUUGUUGAUCAGAAAGUGUUAGUAGUGUUGAUACAGAAAUAAAUUGAAGAAACUAUUUAAUCAUCUCAAAGCAAACGGAGUAGACUUCCCUCUUAUUACCUUUCAGUGGUUUGUUUGCUUACUUUCCUGAACAGUAGAACAGGAAAUAGCUGAAACUAUUUGGGAUCUAAUUUUUCUGCAUGGAUCUUCUGCUAUUUUCUGGGCUUCGCUUGCAAUACUUGAAAUUAUGUCUUCAGAAUUAAUGAAACAUACAGAUUUUAGUGAGAUGUACAUCACUAUGGAAACUAGGACAAAAGAGGUUAUCAAAGAUCCUGAAAUGAUUCUCAAGCAUUACCAGAAAUUUAUGAAAAUCAAGCCUAAUUUGAUAUCAAAAUUGAGGGAAAAGUAUAGACCUGGAAUUAUCAAUCAACAGAAGAAGGUCUGGCUAAACAACUCCAGGUCUGUUUGUCCAACAGAUGGAGACUCUUCUGUACUCAAACGUGUGAAGAUAUUGAACAAGUUCUUCUUUCUAAAUAAGGCAAUAAGGUUGAAUAAAAAUAAAGAUACUAAUUUCGAUUAUGAUAAUGCAGAUGACCGGCUCUCAUGCAAUGAAAUAAAAUGUAACAUCAAUUGGCCCCUCUGCCUUUAUGAUUUUACUAUUAGAACAAAGAUCUGAAAUUUUUUCAUCUUCAGAGUAUCGAAGCCCGUCAGGAUAAUUCCUGAUUACUUUAGUGAUGAUCUGAAGCUGAAGAAAGAGGAAAGGUUUAGCCAGUUGUGGACAUUCAUUCCGUUCGAAGAGAAACAUGUCACUAUUUUUGAUACUCAUUCUACACGAAGGCACAAAAGACUUGAAAGUGCUCAAUUUUAUGGAGAAAAAGAGGCAGAAGAUGAUGAUAAGUACUACAGAAUCACUGAAGAUGACCAACUCCUAAUGGCUAGAGAGGUUCAUCCAUGAGUUUAUGAUGGCUUCGAGAAUUAUUUCCAUAAAAUGUUCGACACUGAGCAUAAUGUAUUAUACAUGAACUGGACAGUCCAUACCUGAUAUGGGCUAGAAUUAGAGAAUAUCCAAUCAAUUCAAACCUUUGCUAAAGAGAUUUUAGCUUUCAAGGAAAUCGAUGCCUUGAAGUCUAAAAAAUAUAAAGAAGAAAGUGCUAAGAUGCUGAAAAAUGAAUACUGUAACUUCUCUAAUUACAAAAUGAAUGAAAUGCUAUCUCAGAAACAAGAAAAAACAGAGAAAUAUAAAAGAUUUGGAAGCUUCAACUUUCAAAGUGAUGGAGUCGAGAAGCAGAUCUGGGAGUCUGCUCUUGAAGUCGCAAGUCAGAGUCUCUAUAUGUCUGCAGAAUCAUCAGAUAUCUCCAGUGAUUCAGAAGUGGAAAAAUAAAAAUAUCUUACUCAUCAAUUCUCA